UGCAAAUUUGCGUAAGUGUCGUCGAGGCGCAUGGUCUGGAUACGGUAGGCAUCUACCGUAUACCUGGUAACACGGCAGCGGUGAAUGCACUCAAGGAGAUGUUUAGCCAUGGUCUGGACACGAUGACGUUAGAAAACCUGGACCUGAGCGAUCCACGAUGGCGCGACGUGAACGUGGUGUCGAGUUUCCUGAAGAUGUUCCUACGAAAGUUACCAGAACCCCUCCUUACCGACAAACUCUAUCCAUUCUUCAUUGAUGCGAAUCGGAUAGCGAACCACCAUAAUCGCCUGCAUAAACUGAGGAAUUUAUUACGAAAACUACCGCGACAUCAUUACGCUACGUUACGGUAUCUGAUCUAUCAUCUGGCUGAAAUUACGAAGAAUAGUGAAGUGAAUAAGAUGGAGACCCGAAAUUUGGCGCUAAUGUUCGGUCCAUCGAUAGUACGGCCGUCAGAUGACAACAUGGCGACAAUGGUGACACAUAUGAGUGAUCAGUGCAAGAUUAUUGAAACGUUUAUACACUAUGUAAGUGACGUCAUGGAAUAA